AGUGAAUCAGACACUAUAAAAGGAACAUGAGAGGCUGUGAGGAUGACAGAGCAAGAGCUGGAAACAAACAUCAGUGAAGAAUGAAGGCUUUAGUAUGUAUACUGCUGCUGUUGGAAACCUUUGUGUUUGUCGUCCAGCAGCAGGUAGAUGGAGGACUCAAUGAGAAUGAGAUCAGUCAACAGAUCAGCUCUGAGGACGGAAGACAGAAUCCACCUCAAACAGACACUUUGAGAGCUGAAGCUUCAACUGACAGCCACCAAAACUGCGAUCUGGGCUUCCCUGACAUCUAUGCAUCACUGAGAGAACUGACCACCACCGUUACAGAGCAGAAAGAACAUAUCAGAGCUUUAGAGACGCAACUGAGGGAUGAGAUGAACAAGAAAAAUGAAGAAAUUUCAAAUCUUAUUCUGGGUCAAGAGGAGUUGAAAAAGGAAAAUAGAGACAGAGAAAUAGCUUUUUCAGCUGCACUGAUGGAAUCUGGCAAUGGAUAUUUUGGUCCUUUUACCACUGAGAUCACAGUAACCUACAGGAACGUCUUCACAAACAUAGGGAACGCCUACAACCCAAAUACAGGUGUUUUCACAGCCCCACUGAAAGGAGCGUACAUGUUCAGAAUCAAUGUAUAUGGUUAUGGUCCAACUCCAUCAACUGGAUCCAUUUUUAAGAAUGGAGAGCGUUUGGUUAUGGCAAAUGCUAAUCAGGCUCAGGAUUGGUUAAAUUCCUCGAAUGGAGUUGUGUUGAUCCUGGAGGUUGGAGAUGUUGUCUAUGUGAAACUUUGGCAUAGCAGGAGGAUGUAUGAUAGCCAGUAUAACCACAACACUUUCAGUGGUUACCUACUAUUUCCCAUAAAAUAACAGGAGCUUUCCAGA